UAGGAAUAGGAAGUCUCAACGGGAGGUAUCAAACUAUAUAUUAAGACAGUUAACUCCGCUAUUCACAUAACUUUGCUCUUGCUUCUACUUGCUUCUCGUUUCAAGACAAGCGUAGAAAGAUGAAGGCAUCCAUAAUCUCUGCCUUGUGCGGGCUGUUGCUCGUACUCUAUGUUGGACGACAAGUUCGCGGUGCUCCAUCCACGUACCUCUCAGGCAACACGCUGGUACUGAAUGGAAAAGCGAACAUUCAGUAUUACGAAGCCAAAGAGAGACUAUGGGCUGGACUAUCUAAUGGUCAUCGCUACCCUAUCAUCAAAAGUGGAGACAAAAUCGCACUGAAGAUGUCCUACACUUCCGGCAGCAACCACAAGUAUUACAUGCGCUGCACAACGAGCUACUGCUACCGAGAUAGCUGCCCUGGGGACACAGUGUUUAAGUCCAACAAGUGGUCCAGCUGUAGUUACGACACGUUCUACAUCAAUGCGAUCGGAAAGUCGGACGGUCAGCCCAUCAACAGCGGAGACAUGGUCUACAUCUCAUCUGGGUACUACAGCCGAUCGUACCGUCUACGAUGCACGUCCUCUACCUCGUGGAAAUGCCGACUAACUUCCAUCAGCGAAAGCUACUUCAAGGGCAACAACUGGUUCGGGUACAGCUACGCCAUCUUUCAGAUCUUCUCCCGCCGAUCAGUUGACGGUACCCCAGUGCAGUACGGUGACAUAGUAGGGUUUCGCUACCCCUACUACUACGCCUAUGACUGGCUGUACUAUAAUGGUGGAUACUGGUACGCGCGCAGCUGUAGCUACAAUAACAAGAACUCGUGCGCAAGAACCAACUACCCAACGGGCUUCCAGAUCUUCAAGUAUCUAUAAAUCACCACAGAGAGCAAAACUGUUAAAACUUUAAAUGGUAUAAAAUAAAAAUGGACGACGAUAAGGGAAUGAUAAGGCGUAAUGUCAAAUAAAAUAGUAGAUAACAAAAUUUAAUGUAGUCUAAGAUAAAUGAAGGCAUGUCAAUAAAUUUGAAACCAAUAAAAA